AUGCAAAUAGAGCGAUGAUAAGGGGAACGGGCACCUUCCUGGGCUUGGAAGGAGCUUGGAGACGGCUCUGGGCGGUGAUCUGUGCCCUGUGUUGUUAAGUGCCCUCCAGUUUUAUCCCUAAUGUGUUGCUUGGAAGGGCAGCGUUUUGUACCUCAUUGAUGGUAAAUCUCGUAAAACCAGCACUGUUACAACCUCCUCAUUUCGAAGAGACUUCCAGUUAUCUUCAGCGUGAAACAAAGGAGUAUCAGUUACAUUGCUUCAAAGUGUCAGCGUAGCAUUGAACAUCUCCAGAGCCUUUUUUUUUUUUUUUUUUUUUUCUUUUAACAAACUUCCUGUGGGAUUAAAUGAAUGCUUCUCUGGGAAUCAGAGAAUAAAGAUGGGGACUCCUGGAUCAGGACGGAAGAGAACUCCAGUGAAAGACAGGUUUUCUGCGGAAGAUGAAGCUCUGAGUAGCAUUGCCAGAGAGGCAGAAGCCAGGCUUGCAGCGAAACGAGCAGCUCGAGCAGAAGCAAGAGAUAUACGUAUGAGAGAGCUGGAGCGACAGCAAAAAGAGUUUUCUCAGCAUUCAUAUGAUAGAAAAUGGGCUCAUAUCCAGAAAUGGAUGGAAGAUUCAGAGAGGGCCAGGUAUUCUCACCGGUCCAGUCGACAUUCAUAUUUGAGUCCUUUGGAUAUCAGUGGGUCUCACAGGAGCAGAACAAGUACCUCCAGAAGGAGAGAUCUUGUGUAUGACAGUGCUAAGGAUAGACCUACAAGAUACUCGGUCCCUAGUCAUGCUUACAGUGAAUGUCAUAGUAUGAAGAAGAAAACUGCUUAUUCCCGUAAAGAUUUCUUGAGUACACCUGACCAUGAUCAAAGAAAUUAUAGCAGCCUUAGAUAUAGUAAACCAGUUCCUUCGUAUCAUACUUGGUCGUCUUCCCUGUACAGUGAUCCAGUGGCAACAACUAGGAAUUACAGGGUGUUUUCUCCUGUAAACACUGGUUUGAUAAGAAGUAUCAGUUUGGCGUCUUUGUGUGGUGAUGGAUUUCAUAGCUCAUAUAGUUCUCGCACUCCAUCUGAAUACAGUUGGUAUUCUUCAAGAGCAAGCUCAAUUCGAAGUAGUCCUGUGUCCUCUGAUUUUUCUGAUCAAAGUGAAACUGCUGCUGAUUAUUUUAGUCGUUCCAACCGCAGGGGAAGCAUUGUUUCUGAUGCAGAUGAUGUCCAAGUUUUGAAUAGUCUGGAAGAAAAGAGUGAAAAAUCACAUUCAGAAAUUUUUUCAAGGCCAUCAUCUCGCAAUUCAAUUCCUCUGAGUGGCAACUCUUCUAGGAGAGGAAGUGGAGAUACAAGCAGUUUGCUGGAUCCUGAUGCCUCCCUCAGUGAAUUACGGGAUAUCUAUGAUCUUAAGGACCAGAUACACGAUGUAGAAGGGAGAUACAUGCAGGGACUUAAAGAACUAAAGGAUUCACUAGCUGAAGUUGAAGAAAAAUACAAAAAAGCUAUGGUUUCUAAUGCUCAACUAGAUAAUGAGAAAAACAAUUUGGUUUACCAAGUGGAUACUCUAAAGGAUGUAAUUGAGGAGAAAGAAGAACAGAUAGCUGAGUUCUACAGGGAAAAUGAAGAGAAGUCAAAGGAAUUGGAACGACAGAAACACACGUGCAGUGUUCUACAGCAUAAGCUGGAUGAACUUAAAGAGGGCCUUCGACAGAGAGAUGAAUUGAUAGAGGAGAAUCAACGCAUGCAGCAGAAUAUAGACUGCAUAACCAAAGAGCUGUUUGAUCUCCAGGAGACAAUUAAUUGGAAAGAUAAAAAAAUAGGGGCCCUAGAAAGACAGAAAGAUUACUUUGACUGCAUUAAGAAUGAGCGAGAUGAGCUCAGAGAGGAGUUGGCUGACCUGAAGGAAGCAAUGAAGAGAGGAGAGAAACACGGAUUAGUUAUAAUUCCAGAUGGCACACCAAAUGGUGAUGUAAACCAUGAAUCAGCGGUUGGUGCAAUAACAGUUGUAUCACACGAAGCUGCUCAAGUCUUGGAAUCUGCAGGAGAAGGACCAUUAGAUGUCCGGCUACGAAAACUGGCUGGAGAAAAGGAAGAACUAUUGUCCCAGGUUAGAAAGCUGAAGAUGCAAUUGGAAGAAGAACGACAGAAAUAUUCUAAAAGUGAUGGCAUGAAUCCGGAUAUAAUAGGCUUAGAGAAUGGUUCUGACUUGCAACUAAUUGAAAUGCAGAGAGAUGCAAACAGACAGAUUAGUGAAUACAAAUUUAAACUUUCAAAAGCUGAACAAGAUAUAACUACCUUGGAACAAAACAUUGGACGACUUGAGGGACAGGUUGCAAGAUACAGAAAUGCAGCAGAAAAUGCAGAAAAAGUGGAAGAUGAACUCAAAGCUGAAAAGAGGAAGCUUCAGCGAGAGUUAAGAACAGCACUGGAUAAGAUAGAAGAGAUGGAGAUGACCAAUAGCCACUUAAUGAAAAGGCUGGAGAAGAUGAAGGCAAAUAGGACUGCGCUUUUAUCUCAGCAGUGAAGUGGAAAUUGAAAAUACAAUGCACUGCUCCUUGAAUAACUAGCCCCUGGCUCGUUUUUAAAUACAGACUUUCAUUGGCACAAGCUACUUGAACACUGAGCUGUUCAACGUUGUUUUAGUUUGCUAAUUAAAUGGCAUACAUCUUUUUGUAACUUAUGAGAGAAUGAAAUGUAGUUUGAAUUUCCCUGUGAAUGACAGCAAUUUUUCUAUAGCGUUUGAUUCUAGAGUCAGAGCUGGAGCACAAUGCCGUAUGUUCGACCUAGUGAUAGAAAAUAUUCUCAGAACUGUGGAAUCAAGUUUACUCACGAUUUCUUUUGGCUGCUUUAAUGAAUGCUUGAUGCUCGGAGACAACUGCAUGAAUCCAAGAAGACACUGUAUUAUCAACUAACAUACAUUUGCUCAAGACAUCACACAGCACAAGUGCCUUUUAUCUGGUGCAAUUUAAACUUCAUUGUUGAAAUAACCCUUGAAAUCAGAUAACAUUUUAUUUUAAGAUACAUUUGGGGUGUUCACUAAACUUUAUACAUUUUGAAAAUGCAUUUUUGUAAAAUAUUUAAAUUUAUAAGAAAAUAGGGACUGUAUAUACAAAUCUGCUUUUUUUGCAUGGGCACAUCCAAGUUCUAGGUGAUUUUCUCAGAUAAUAGCCCCUAAAGCUCUUAGUACAAGAGUACAGAUUUUAAACUUCUGUUUGUACACCAUCAAUUUGUCAUCUGCUGCUUAAGUGUGAAUUGAAAUUUUAGGGUGGGAGGAAGAGAUGGGAAAUGCGGCUAAGGAGUUUAUUAAAUGGACACUUUACUGACCAAAACCAGAUGUUUGUGUUUUCUUUUAAAUACUGAGAUAUCAACAAGAUAAAGUCUUCAGAGUAGUAAAUUUUGGUCUUCAUAAAAAUAUCCUUCUGUCUUUUUAAUCUAAAAGUUUUGAAGUGAUGUUAGCCACUGUUAGCCUUUGCUUGAGGCCAGCACGAGCCAGAUAUUUCGCCUAAGAGGACCGUUCUUUUGGACUCAUAUCAGAUCUUUUUCUGUUGCAAAUUGCUGCCAUUCAGGAGUAUUUCUCAAAGCAAAGCAGAUUUCAGGACAUUUGUAAUCCAGAGCUUUAGUGGUUCUGUCUUUACCAGAGCUCCUUUACAAAGGAACAGCCAUCUCUGCACUUCAGAAGUGUAGUUUGCUUUCCUUUUGCUUGUAUGUUAUGCCUCUGGGGUUUAGAAAAAGCUUUCCAUGUUGAGAAACAUCCUUUUAAGUAGCAGAUCUCCAGAGACCUGCUCUUUUAACAGGAGACCAUUGGAUUUUGGUGAUCAGAUGGAUCAUGCUCUGUACUGUUAACUCUUUGCUUUCAUGUUGUGUAUGUGAUCAUAAGAAACCAUUUUAGUCUUGAUUAGUUGUUCUUACUAUGUGUAUUUUGAAGAUGGAAGGAUAUUUUGAGGAUUUUGAAGGUGUUCACAUGUACAAACAAACCUCUGCUUAAACCUUAUUUUAUAUAUGGUGGGGAGCACACCUUCUGGUACACUUCCUCUAAACCACUCUGAAGCUGGAUAUUUCAUGGCACUCAAACAAGUGUGUGAUUUCAGUAGUAAACUAUGACAGUCAGAUAAGGAAUUAUCAGCUCAGAAUUACCAUCAUCCUGAGAAACUUGGGAGUACAGGCAAAGCAUCAAUCAGUACAUUCUUUUUAAAGAUGAAGAUUGUUAGUUUUUUGGAAAGCCUUUUACUACAGAGGUCUGUUAGGGUAGCCAUUUUAGUUGUGGUGCUUCCCCAGGUCUUGCUGUAAGAGAACUGAAACAAAUUCAGACAAAGAACACAAAACAUGAGAUUCCCAAUGUUUACGCUAACUGAAUAAUACUGGAUUGUGACUUACUAUGACUCUUUAAUUAUAAAGUUUAAAAAGCAAUUAAAAGAACUAUGAGGGAAAUACUCUGGGAAGAAUGAAUUGUAGACCUUUCCACCUUUUUCCAAAACAAUUCUUACCUGGAAGACUGUUUCACUAGCCCCAUGUGAACUACUUUUGUAUAUGGGACAGAUCCAAAUAAAAAUGAAAAGCAGUAAAUAAAAACACGAUUUAUUGAGC